GUCAAGGAUACGCCGUUCAGUUAUUUGUUGUGCAACGUUGUUCCUGGCAACGAGCCCCCGAGCAAGGACCUGUGCCGUGUGGAAAAUUUGAAUGCGAGCGCACCGAAAGGCUUUGAGUGCCAGGCUCGAGACAGGGAUAGCAGCAUUAGCACCUGUCUAGAUCUAGAAAAAUUUGUGUAUAUAUUAUCCGGCCGGUUGGCGGCGCAGCUAGCGUCAACGUCUCCGUCAGCGUCGCUGCCUAGCUCACCUUACAUUGCCGCAAAUUCAAAUUUGAACUUCAGUCAAGUGUCAAAGCUCAAAGGAUUAGCAUGUCCUUGCAGCUGCAGCAUGAAACUGGCCCAUCUUAAAAGUGUGAACAAGUGAAACCAUCAAGAAGAACUACUCCCAAAUCUCCACAAAAAACCCAUUAAGUUGCCAAAAACUCUUAAGCCAGCAACUUUAAAACUUACGAUAAAUAAUAACAAAGGACACCUAUUCAGAGACACACUUUUAGUGCCAAUUAGCGAGAGAGGUUUUAGCUUUUCGAAAAGGAAACGAAGAAUAUGGCGCCACAACAACAGAACUCAACAUUCAUCGAUGAUAAUCUGGACAGCUGUCCAUCGCUAUUGAAUCUACCAGAAAGCCCCAUCCUGCCGCCACGUCGAUGUCAAAAUCAAGACACCAACAAUAACAAUAAUAAGCGGGCUGCAUCGCCACCUAGGAUGGAGCCGCCUCCUCAGCCCGUAUGCAAAAAUAAACACGGCAAGGCAAACGGAAACGGUGGCCAGGCUCGGCGCCAUCGUUCCAUUUCCCUCUAUGGCGUUAAUAUCACUGUGGAGCAGGGCCACAAGGAAAUCCCCAUUUGGAUGGACGACGGCGAGCCCCGUUACGUUUCGGGAGUUACGAACAAGACCACAUGCAAUGACAUAAUCAAGGCCCUGAUUGAUGACGAAUUGAGAAAUAGCGACGGCGGGAAUUACUGCGGCAAUCAUAAUAAUUAUAAUCCAAAAGAUGGCGGCGACGACGGCCAUAGGAAGAGAACGACGGCAGCAUCGCGUGACUACGGCGAUUACAUUAUAACGGAAAGUUGGGGCGGCAUAGAGCGCAGCUACGAUGGCAACAUGGCCAUUUUGCCCGUUUGGCGCGCUUGGAGCCGUGUACACAAUGAGCUCCGUUUAUCAUUGAAGCAUCGUGACAAUUUCCAGGACCCCCUGACGAUGCAAUUAGUGCCCCAUGCUCCUCCACCAGCCUGCUCAUCGACCUUCUCCAUGAUCAAAUGGCUGAAAAAGAUGUUUAAUCCUAGCAAACACAAGAAGACCCCCAAACUGCCAAAAACACCUCCAAAGGUGCCCAAUAAAGUGAAAGAGAAGUGCCUACUCACCAAAAAGCAGGCAAUACCCGAUGAACUGGUCCUGGUUAUAAUGCCCGAUCAGUUCUAUAAUGGAAAGAAAAGUGGAAACAAAUCAAAGCUCUAUAAACUGGCUGAAAAACAGCGUGUCUCAAAGCAGCGACUACGUCGACGAAGCUGUCGUGAAAAAACUGCAUCUUCUCUAGAAUCCUUUCAAACAGCCAUUCCAAGCGAAUGCAAUAAUAACAAUAAUGUCAAUAAUAAUUGCAUCAGGAGGCGCAAGGAUCGGCCGCUGAGAAACAGUGUUCGCAACAAGUUGGCGGCUCUUCAUGCCGAUAUGAAUAUCCGGUACGAGAGGGAGUACGCUCUGACACGACAGCUUUCCGAAAAGUGCCGGCUGUACCGGAUGCAAAAUGAGCGGUACAAAAGACCGGAAAUGGAGGUAUCGGUGGGGCAAUUGCAGCAGAAUAUCGAAGCUUAUGCAGAGGACAUUAUAAAAACUGAACACGAACUGUUAGAGCUUAAGAACGAAAUGAAACACGACAUAUCGCUAAUAAAUAAUCUGAAACGACUGACUUUGGAGCACACGGAAGCCGCUAAGGAAUCCGGAGUGGGUCCAGUAAAAACUGAGACUCGGCCACCCAAUGAAUUCAAAAAUACACCUCAAGUUGCUAAAAAGACACCCGAAAUGCAGUUUGUCGAUAAUAUAUACGAGUUUUGCGACAAUAAUGCAAGCAUGUUGGUUUAA